GGCGCGGGGGACCCGGCGCGAGGGAACCGGAAGUGCGCCGAACCGCGCGGCCGGAAGCGCCGGCGCUGAGGGCGGCCAUGGGCCGCAGCCGCUCCCGCUCGCCGCCGCGGCGGGAGCGCAGGCGCUCACGUUCUGCCUCACGGGAGAGGGAGAGGAGGCGGAGAGAGCGAUCCCGGUCCCGGGACAGGGACAGGAGGCGGAGCCGUUCCCGCUCCCCGCACCGGCGGCGAUCCAGGUCACCCAGGAGGCACCGCUCCAGCUCCUCCUCCCCGCCCAGGCUGAAGGAGAGGAGGGAUGAAGAGAAGAAGGAGAUCAAGGACUCUAAAAGCAAAGAGAGGCAGAUCACAGAGGAAGAUCUGCAGGGCAAGACUGAAGAGGAAAUAGAGAUGAUGAAGAUGAUGGGCUUUGCCUCUUUUGACACCACAAAGGGGAAGAAGGUGGAUGGAGCUGCCAAUGCCUACGCCAUCAACGUGUCCCAGAAGAGGAAGUACAGGCAGUACAUGAACAGGAAAGGAGGAUUCAACAGGCCCCUGGACUUCAUCGCCUGACGCUGGGCUCGCCGCAGACCACCCCGGGCAGUGGCUUCUGCUCCCAGGCAGCUCCAGGAGCAGACUUCUGAGGGAUUUGGGAGUUUUUUUUUCCCUCCCCAGCCCUGCUGUGCUGGCCCUGCCCAGCUGGCACAGUGGGCACAAGGGGCUGCUUUGGAUGGCUCUGCUUUGGUUUGGAUGCUGUCCCUCGCAGGCUGCUCCUCGCCAGGAUCUCGUUGUGGUUCCCCUGUUGCUUUGGACAGGUUUGGGGUUGGGUUUUUUUUCCCCCAUUACAAUA